GUUUGUCGCUUGUCGCCAUAAGGGUAACAUACGCAUUAAAUACACGGCGAUUCGAUGCCUUUGAAUUAGUUUCAUAUGAUCGCUUGACCAGUAAGCACACGAGUAAAAAUCUGAUUUUCAACGCAAAACCAAAGGAUACAGUUAAAAGUGACCGUUAGAAAUAAAUAUCACAUGUAACGUUGGCGACUAAAUCAAAUCGUUUUGGGAAAUAUCAAUUAUAUUGUAGUUACGGACAUUUUCAAGCUUAUUCUCGACAAGUGAACAAUAAUUUUUGCAUUUGAGUCAGUUUGACCUAUAGACUUUUUUAUAUAAACCAAUUUGGACUUUUAACGCGAUCGAACUUUUUCGGAAAAUCGAAGAAAAUUCAAGUGACUUUCAAAUCUAAGUUCAAUUUUUGAAGAAGAAGUAGCAAAAAUGGUUAUACGGAGUAAGCCAUUUUGUCGCCAUGUGCUUCGAAACCAGCACAAAUUCAUGCACUUUUUGCAACGGCAAAUUCGAUUGUGCAGCACACGAAUUGCACAACCACUCGAGAAUGCCGUCGACUUCGACGACAACAUCAAAGUGAUUGACAUUCCAAAAGCCUUCGAAACACAAUCUCAACCAAUCCAACAUGAACCGGGCAAUGGACAACUAUUCUCAACAUCAGAUCUAUACGUUCGAUUGGCAGCACCACAUCAACUUCAUCCGAAACCAGACGCGGACGCUCUCAUAUUUGGCAAAUCAUUCACCGAUCAUAUGUUGAAAAUUUUCUGGCACAAAUCGCUCGGCGGAUGGCAAAAACCAGAAAUCACCCCAAUGGAAAACCUUGUAAUUCAUCCGGCCGCCAAAGUAUUGCACUAUGCUGUUGAGCUAUUUGAAGGAAUGAAGGCGUAUCGUGGUGUUGAUGGACGUAUUCGUAUAUUCAGACCAAACAUGAACAUGAACCGCAUGAACUUAUCGGCUAAACGUUCCGGUUUGCCCACUUUUGAUGGUGAUGAAUUUAUCAAAUGCAUACAGCGGCUCGUAUCAAUCGACCAGGAAUGGGUACCACACACAGAAAAGGCCAGUUUGUACAUCCGACCCACUCUCAUCGGCAUCGAUCCUACACUUGGUGUUGCCUCCUCCGAUUCAGCAUUACUCUACACAAUUUUAAGCCCAGUUGGCGGUUAUUUCGACAAAUCGUCCAAAAAAUCCCAAGCAGUAUCCCUCCUGGCCGAUCCACAGUACACAAGAGCGUGGCCCGGUGGUGUGGGCGAUAGGAAAAUGGGUUCAAAUUACGCACCAACAAUUCACGUACAAAAAGAAGCUAGUAACAAAGGGUUACAGCAAGUGCUGUGGCUCUACGGGCCGGAACAUCAGCUCACAGAAGUCGGUACAAUGAACAUUUUCCUGCUAUUCAUCAAUGAACAAGGAGAACGAGAACUGAUCACACCUCCACUGAAUGGGUUGAUUUUGCCUGGAAUAACACGAGACUCUAUUUUACAUUUGGCCAAACAAUGGAAUGAUUGCAAAGUAACUGAAGGUACAAUUACGAUGCAAACUGUCUGCAAACUAAUCCAACAAGAAAGACUAUUGGAAAUGUUUGGAGCUGGUACAGCCUGUGUCGUUUCACCAAUCGAACGAAUUCAGUAUUUGGGUCAAGAUCUACUUAUACCAACAAUGGAACAAGAGAAGCCAAUGUUCGGACGGAUCAGAGAUACGCUGACAGCCAUCCAAUAUGGCAGAAUCGAUCAUCCAUGGGCAGUUGUAAUUGACAAUUAAUUGGUUGUGUUGAUGUGAGCAUUGUUCAAAUUUCUACAGGAAAAUAUGAGCAAAUGUUCUCGUAUUCAAAAUACUUACCAUCGAUCACCAUUGUUGCCGGUUUUUUUUCAUUGAAAUUAAGUCCAUUGAAAACUUCGUUUUAAAAGAAGACAAAUCCAUAUUGCACUACGCAUAGCGUGAGAAAGUUUCAUGACUCUGAAGUGUUCAUUCUGUGUUUUCUAUAUUUCAAUAAUUAUCUCAUGAAUGAGAGAGUGUUUUCACUUUUGAAAUGCAGAGUUAUGUUCUUUGCACGUUUAUGGUAUACGAAAUUUUAAAUAAAGAAAACUCUCAUGCGAAUCUAAUAAAUCUCAUGGAAACCAUUGACAUAUUUAUUAUUAUGAAAAUUAAUUGUAAACAAAUAUGAAUCAAACAAAUGUACAACUCUAUUCUAAACGUGACAAUAAAACUAAGCCAUUCACAAA